AAAAAAUAAUUACGCAAGGGAGAGCAGGCUCACCGCGCCGCACCCCGCGCACGCCCCACGGGCAUCACGCCCGGCGGACGGUCCGAGGGCACGCAGGAAGCGCUGCCCCGCCGGCCAUAACAACAAUGGCGGCCCCCAACAGCCGGCAGAUGAACGCCCUGCCCAAGGACGGCAAGCACCGCCACCUGCGGCCCCAGAUCACGGGCUACACGUCCAAACUCAGGAAAAAGGAGUUAGGGGAUACGCUCAGCGGUACGGAAACGAUUCUAGACCGGUUGCGGGGCUACAACACGCCGCCGGCCGCAAGACCGCUAUCCAAGGCCCAGCAGUACCGCAAGGAGCACGAAGAUUUACACGUCUCCCUCGAGGCGAUGGAGCUGGCGCGGUGGCGGGCGAAGUACGCCAAAAAUACGACAUUAACGAGGUACGGGCGGGAACGGGCGGAGCUCCACGUGCCUCAUAGAAGGCCCUGCUACGAGCCGACGCCCAUCUACGACGGCCUGGCGCGGGACGCCCGGAUUUUAGCAAGGGAAAAAGAGAGGAAGCCGCCGGAGUGGCUCGCGAUGGUGCGCGCCGAGGGCCGGAAACAAAAGAGGCCGCUCUCGGCCCGUUUAGGUUUUAGGCGGAAGGAGGCGAAGGCCGAGGUGAUUGAGAGAGACAGCUUCGGCAAGCGGCUCCCUUCCAAUAGACCGGUCUCCGCGCCGGCGGGACGGAAGCCCGGUUCAUUAGCUUACCGCAUCUUCGGCGCGGGCAAGGCGAAGCCUGCGAAAGAGCCGGUGGACGCCCUCCAGCAAGCCUACGAGAAGCGCGGCGAGGAGUACGACAAGUUCCAGGACGCCCGGGUCGAGGGCGGGGUCAAGCGCAAGGAGCAGGUCGCCAAGUCUAUCUUCAUGGGUGGGUGGGCCACCUAGUCUUGGCGAUGGUCGACGUGCUGUCACGCCGCCUCGACGCCGUCGCGGCGAUGGCGUGCCGGCGAGAGCUACACCACCGCCACGCCAUCGGCGCGAGGCGUCGCGUAAUGUCCCUGUUGUGAAUAACACUAACUAAGCC